AUGGCCCAGGCAUCGCCAUUCGACAUACCCUUCGACGAGCUCCCCAACCCUCGCCAAGUGUGGAUUGGCACUCCCGGGAGCGCGGAGGAGGGCUUGGGAAAGCUCGCUCUUUUGACCCCAACGGUAGUGGCAGAAGCAGCAGGAGAAAUAAAGACGGGCAAUCGGGUGACUCUUGGCUGGGAGAUGACAAAGCUGGAACUGGCUAAUUUGAAUCGGCAACCUUGUCAGCAUCAUAUCAUCUCUCUUUUAGAUGGCCUUGCUUUUGAUGAUGUUUACAUCAUGAACCCCCAACAAAGCAGUCAAUGGGACGGACUUCGUCAUUUUUCACAACAUGUACCUUCUACCGAUGGCAAGGAAGCAAAACGAGUGUUCUACGGAGGCACCACCGCCGGUGAGAUUCUUAAUCGAUCAAAUAAUCGCAUAGGGAUACAAUACUGGGCUCGCCAAGGAAUUACAGGUCGCGGAGUUCUAAUUGAUUAUGCCUCCUAUGCCGCAAAAAAGGGGAUGAAAUACACCACCUUUUCAACCCAUCAAAUCCUCCUAUCGGAGAUCUUAGAUAUCGCAAAUGAAUGUAACCUGACAUUUAAACGCGGAGACAUCUUAUUUAUCAGAAUUGGGGUGACCAAUGAGUGGGACAACCUUAUGACUGAUGAUCAAAAACGGGCGUACUCGGUGGAUCCCAAACCCGAACAUGCGGGCGUUGAAGCUACGACUGAGAUGCUCCGGUGGUUAUGGAACACGGGCUUUUCCGCCGUUGCAGGUGACGCGAUCAGCUGGGAGGUCUAUCCCCCCCAGAACCCUGAAAUAUUCCUUCAUGAAUAUUUGCUUGCUGGAUGGGGAGUUCCAAUUGGGGAGCUAUUCGACCUUGAAGGUCUCUCGCGCACAUGCCAAGAGCUAGGGAGAUGGAGCUUCUUCCUCUCGUCGGUGCCUCUCAAUAUGCCCGGUGGUGUCUCUUCUCCACCAAACGCAAUCGCGAUUUUUUGA